CUUGCACGCAGUGUCUAUCCCGUUUGCUUUGUUUACACGAUAUUUUCUCGUAGUUUACGUGCGUGUUCGUUCCUCUUCCAUACAUCUGAGUGCUUUUUUUGGCAAAGGUUGUGCAAGACGAGUGUAAACAGAUAAGUUUCUAGAUAAACACGUGACAUUAUCGUUAUAUAGUUCUUCCCCGUGCAAGAUCAACUCAAUCAUAUGGCUAAUCUUGUUCGAGUAUUUAUCGUGGAAUGAAUCUAACCUGGUUCAGUACUAGAGGCGUCGCCUGAAUUAACGGAAAUACGGAAGUUUUUUUUCACAGCAGAAUAUGGUGACGGUGAAAGCGUACCGAGGCGCCAAUAGCCUUGACACUGAUUCGACAAAUUGUAAUGGAUUGAGACCAGGUGAAGGAAAUACAGUAGAAAUAUUGCUGGAUCAAAGAGUUAAUCAACUUACACAACUUUUGAGACAAACUCUUGCCUUUAGAAUACCAACACCACCUCAAUCAGAUGAAAAUGAAGUUGAUAAUGGCGGAAGAACCGAUUACAGAUUCGAAGAGCUUCGACUACAAAGCUACCAGAAUUGGCCAUCUCCAUACGUCCAACCCUCGGACUUAGCUGCCGCUGGUUUUUAUUACACAGGUAAAAACGACAGUGUCCGUUGCUUUGAAUGUCACAUAGAAUUCAGCCGUUGGGAGGAAGGCGAAGAUCCAAUGACACUACAUCAACGUUGGAACGGUCGUUGCUAUUUUAUUCGCAAGAUACCAUGUGGCAACGUACCAAUUGGCGUUGACUCCAAUAGUAUUCCAGUACCACGACCACGUAGUCGCGACACUUAUGAUCCUUACGUUCUGCAGUACAGAAUGAAUGCUGAAGCCGAUAAUGAUGGAGCAAAGGAAUUCGGAGAAGAACGUCCAAAGUUCCCCAAAUACGCGACUUACGACGCUAGAUUACAAAGUUUCGAUGACUGGCCAAUUUCCAUGUCUCAAACAAAGGAGCAACUUGCUGAGGCUGGACUUUAUUACGUUGGGCGUGGAGAUAUGACUGCAUGUUAUCAGUGUGGCGUUGCUUUGAAAUCUUGGGAGCCACAGGAUGAUCCAUGGGUUCAACAUGCUAAGUGGCGUCCUACAUGUUCACUUGUGGCAACUAAGGGCCAAGAGUUUAUUGACAAUGCUGUUGGGAAAGAUGCGAUACCUCCGCUAGAAGCGGCAUUAGAAAACGUGGCACUCGUAAACAAUGUUGAAACCCUUGAACCGUCAGUACUACAAAUACGUGAAUCUGUUGAAGAAUCAAACGGACAAACAAUGGUUGGUCAAGACGUUGUUGGAAUUAGUAAUAUACCUCCAGUACCUACACCUCGCGCAAACAUUGCAGCAAAAACAGAGAAUUCAUUACGGACCACGAGUACCAAUGGAGAUAGAAAAUCUGAAGAACCUGAAGAGAAAUUGCUGGAUGAUGCAACUAUUUGUAAAAUAUGCUAUGACGAUGUGCUCGGUGUUGUAUUUGUGCCUUGUGGCCAUAUAGUCUCGUGCUUGAAAUGCGCUCCAAGCUUGACGACUUGCGCGGUUUGUCGCAAAAAAAUUGAGUAUUAUGCACGUGUUUAUUUGUCUUGAAGAGCUGACCUCGCAU